AUGAAGAUAGACGCUCUGGAGAGUCUGCUUAAUCUGACCAAGAAAUCCAAGGAUGUGGCGCAGGGCAGGAGUUUUAAGCUGCUAGAUCCAGAGGAAACCAGUCUGAAAUUGGACAAUCUUGAUUUGGACCAGUUGGAGUCUCAAAAACUGCAAGUGCACGAAGCCAUUCACAAGGUGAAGAUAAAACCGGAUCAUGAUCUUGUUCCAGCCGACAGUGUCCGUGUGGAAUGUGGAGUGGACGACAUCACGGUGGACGUCAAGCCAGACUUUUUAGGGAAUGGUCAGCUGAUCCACUCCUCUGAGCUCUCACUCGGAGACUGUCCCAUAGAAGCUUCCACAGAAAACACAUUCCACUUCCAGACCACGCUGCAGAGCUGCGGCAGCACCAUGACUCUCUCUGAAGAAGCCCUGAUCUACAGCUUCUCCCUGUCCUAUCACCCGUUCCCCAUCGGAGCCACGUUCAUCCUGAAGACCAGUCCGGCUGAAGUCCUGAUCGAGUGCCACUAUCCGCGGCACCAGUUGGUCAGCAGUGAAGGCGUCAGACCCACCUGGUUCCCGCUGUCGGCUCAGAUCUCAUCCAACCAACACCUUCAAUUCAAAAUGCAACUUAUGAAUGAGGACUGGAGCUCGCCGAGGCCCUCUAGUGUCUUCUUGGUGAAUGACGUGCUGCAUGUGGAGGUGUCUGUGGUACAGGGACAUCACAUUCCACGAAAACUGUUCGUGGACGAGUGUGUGGCCACCGCGAGCCCCAGCCCCGACUCAGAACCCCGAUAUGAGUUUGUCAGCAAUUAUGGGUGUUUUAUGGACUCUAAACUGACCGGAGCAAAGUCAUUUUUUCUGCAGAGAAUCCAGGAAAAUGUGCUACACUUUAAACUUCCGGCAUUUCAAUUCAGACAGCAGCUCGGUCACUCCGUGUUUUUCUACUGUAAACUCAAAGCUGCUUCAGUCUCUGUGCCGAUUGACCCAGAGCACAAGGCCUGCUCCUACCUGAAUGAAGCCAGCAGGUGGGUGGCUUCAGACGGAGACAACAAAGUAUGUGCAUGUUGUAACAGCGGCUGCAGAAAGAAAAGGAAGAGGAGCAGUGGUCAAAAAGCUGAACAAUGGGAGGCAACUACAGUCAUGGGCCCAGUCCUCUUCACGUCUGCGAGCGAUGACUCUCUGCAAACUGAAGCACCCUCCUCUUUCUCUCCGGCAGUCGGGGUUUGUUGGUCCCACUCACAGAUCGACAGCUGUCACUUAAACCCAGGAAGUGACCGGGCCUGUGCCGAGACCUUUGAGCUGCUGUUUUAUUUUUAUGUCUCUGCAGGAGGGAAACUGGGCCCCUAA